CCUUUCUAAACUGAACAUUCACUCUCACAGUAAAUCUCUCCGAGUUAAAGUUCUGUCCAAUCUCCGAUUGAGAUGAAACCGGCACGGGCAAAUCCGUCGCCGGGGACACUUCUGUUGAAGGAUCAUCUGGUGGAGGACGUGAGCUCCUGCUCGUCCAACGGAUUCAGAUCGUAUCCGCGCCGAGAAUGCUGCACGACGGUUCGGUUUCUGCUCGAGGCGGACCUCAGAGAUGUGCCGACGCGGAGGCCGGCGGCGGCGGAGCAUCCUGCAGUCGCAAGACGCGCGGCGGCGGGGGCGAAUAGGGCGCCGACGUCCGGCGUUGUAUCGGCUUUGCAGAGAGCCUCGAAGACGGUGAUUAAGGCGGUUAGGAACCUCCACAUCGCUCCCGCCGCGGCGGCGGUUAAGUCCGAGAGGCAGAGCAAGGCGAAGAAGCCGAUUCUGCCGGCGAAUUUUUCGCGGAAGCUUCUGAAACGAAACGUCAAUAAGAAACAAAUCGAUCGGAGCGAAAUCGAACGGUGGAAAGUUUACAACCAAUUGGCGCAGGAGAUAUCGAAACCCUCCGAUUCCAACAGCUCGUCGAGCAACAGCCGGCGCAAUAGCGAUUCCACAGUUUCCGGCGAUUCGCAGCCAUCUUCGAGCUACAGUUCUGAGGGGAACUCUACGGUGGCGCAGAACGACGCCGUUGCCGCGAAAAGCUCACCGGCGGAGAAAGCAGUUAGGAAUCGGCCAAGUGUCCGCGUAACCAACGCAUAUCGCGCUAACAAACAGAAACAACUAUGGUCCAUACCAACUUGUAAUGUGGAGAAAGAGCAGUCGAGUCCAGUUUCUGUACUGGACUAUCCAUUGGAAGAAGAUGACGAAGCAUCUUCACCUUUGCAAACAAAACUUAACAUUGAACCAGAAACCAUGAAGAAACUGCUGAGGAAGAUCAAGAGGUUUGAGAGCCUCACUCAAAUCGAGGCGCCGCCGAAGCCCGAACCCCCCCUUCGCCGUUCCUCCCUGUCCCCCACACCGAAACCCGACGACCAAAGCCGAGUGGAACGAAAUGCAAAAUCUUUACUCCUGCAGCUGAAAUGCCCACCUAUUAGCGACACCGAUACCUCGCUACUCCUCGAUUUUUUCCGGUGUGGGAUGGCGGCUGCCGCCAAUGAGGGGUUGCCGGUUUCCGAGCUGGUGAGGCAAGCAGAGGGUUGGGUGAGUGGGGAAUGCAGCAGGCUAAACUUUCCUGUUGUUCCAUAUAGUCCUAUGAUACAGUGAACAUAAAAACGUUGAGAUCGA